GAAAUGUAUAAGAAGAAUCACUCAGUGGUCACAGAGUUCCUUCUUCUUGGAUUUCAGAAUAUUGAAAGUUUCAAGAUGUUCUUUUUCUCCUUUCUCCUUAUUUCAUACUUUAUAACUUUAUCUGGAAAUGUUCUUCUUAUUUUUCUGGUUUCUACAAUGAGGACUCUGCAGUCUCCUAUGUAUUUAUUUAUUUCCCAAUUAUCCAUAUCUGACAUCUUGUUAACAACAAAUAUUGUCCCUAGCUCACUUGACAUUGUGCUGGCCGACGGGAAAGUUGUGUCUUUUGCCGAGUGUAUAGUACAAUUUUAUUUUUUUGGUGGCAUUGAAUCAUUUGAGUGUCUUAUUCUUACUGUAAUGGCAUAUGAUAGAUACCUGGCCAUCUGUAACCCUCUUCGUUACAUUUCUCUAAUGAAUCAUGUGAUAUGCAUUAAGCUAAUUGCAAUGUCUUGGUUGUUGGGUUUCUUUGGAAUAUCGCUUGACACAAUAUCCAUAUCUAGACUCAACUUCUGUGGACCCAAUGUUAUUAACCAUUUCUUUUGUGAUCUUACACCCCUUUUGGAACUUUCUUGCUCAGAUACCUUUAUUGCUAAAUUAGAAGCUACUUUAUUAUGUGUUCCCUUGAUUAUCCUCCCUCUCAUAAUUAUCAUCAUUUCAUAUGCCUAUAUUGCCAUCACCAUCCUGAAGAUUUCAUCCAGGGUUGGUAGAUGGAAAGCCUUCACCACUUGCAGCUCCCACUUGACAGUGGUUUCUAUAUAUUAUGGGACACUGAUUUGUAUUUAUGUUCUUCCAAAUGGAGGCCAAUCAUUGACCAUCAGCAAAGUCCUGUCUCUGUUUUAUACAGUUGUGACCCCCAUGCUUAAUCCAGUCAUAUAUAGCCUUAGAAAUAAUGACAUCACAUGUGCUUUGGAGAAGCACAUUUUUAGUAUCAUUAUAAGAAAAUUAAGGAGAUUAUCAUGA